GAGCUCCGGGCCCGGCGGCGCACGAGGCCCGCCCAGCAGCGCCCGCCCGCCGCCGCCUCCAGCCCGGCCCCGCCCGGCGCGCGCGCGGGGAUGCCGAGCGGCGGGCGCCGGAGGCCGCGGCCCGGCUAGGCCCGCGCUCGGCCCGGACGCGGCGCCCGAGGCUGGGUGCACUGGCUGGGCUCGGGGAGACCCUGCUGAGAGGGGACGGUGAGCGGCGCCCCGGCUGGCCCGGCCCUACCGGAACAGGGCACCAUGAACGACGUGGCCAUCGUGAAGGAGGGUUGGCUGCACAAGAGAGGGGAAUACAUCAAGACCUGGAGGCCCCGGUACUUCCUCCUCAAGAACGACGGCACCUUCAUCGGCUACAAGGAGCGGCCACAGGACGUGGAGCAGAGAGAGUCCCCGCUCAACAACUUCUCUGUGGCGCAGUGUCAGCUGAUGAAGACGGAGCGGCCCAGGCCCAACACCUUCAUCAUCCGCUGCCUGCAGUGGACCACGGUCAUCGAGCGCACCUUCCACGUGGAGACCCCCGAAGAGCGGGAGGAGUGGACCACCGCCAUCCAGACGGUGGCCGACGGGCUCAAGAGGCAGGAGGAGGAAAUGAUGGACUUCCGGUCGGGCUCGCCCAGCGACAACUCGGGGGCCGAGGAGAUGGAGGUGUCCCUGGCCAAGCCCAAGCACCGCGUGACCAUGAACGAGUUUGAGUACCUGAAGCUGCUGGGGAAAGGCACGUUCGGGAAGGUGAUCCUGGUGAAGGAGAAGGCCACGGGCCGCUACUACGCCAUGAAGAUCCUCAAGAAGGAGGUCAUCGUGGCCAAGGAUGAGGUGGCCCACACGCUCACAGAGAACCGCGUUCUCCAGAACUCUCGGCACCCUUUCCUGACGGCCCUGAAGUACUCCUUCCAGACCCACGACCGUCUCUGCUUCGUCAUGGAGUAUGCCAAUGGGGGCGAGCUCUUCUUCCACUUGUCCCGGGAGCGGGUCUUCCCCGAGGACCGUGCGCGCUUCUACGGCGCCGAGAUCGUGUCCGCCCUGGACUACCUGCACUCCGAGAAGAACGUGGUCUACCGCGAUCUCAAGCUGGAGAACCUCAUGCUGGACAAGGACGGGCACAUCAAGAUCACCGACUUCGGCCUGUGCAAGGAGGGCAUCAAGGACGGUGCCACCAUGAAGACCUUCUGCGGGACGCCCGAGUACCUGGCCCCCGAGGUGCUGGAGGACAACGACUACGGCCGCGCGGUCGACUGGUGGGGGCUGGGCGUGGUCAUGUACGAGAUGCUGUGCGGCCGCCUGCCCUUCUACAACCAGGACCACGAGAAGCUCUUCGAGCUCAUCCUCAUGGAGGAGCUCCGCUUCCCGCGCACGCUCAGCCCCGAGGCCAAGUCCCUGCUGUCGGGGCUGCUCAAGAAGGACCCUAAGCAGAGGCUGGGAGGGGGCGCCGAGGACGCCAAGGAGAUCAUGCAGCACCGCUUUUUCGCCAGCAUCGUGUGGCAGGACGUGUACGAGAAGAAGCUCAGUCCGCCCUUCAAGCCCCAGGUCACCUCAGAGACGGACACCAGGUAUUUUGAUGAGGAGUUCACGGCCCAGAUGAUCACCAUCACGCCCCCCGACCAAGGCGACAGCGUGGAGGGCGAGGACAGCGAGCGGAGGCCCCACUUCCCCCAGUUCUCCUAUUCCGCCAGCGGCACGGCCUGAGGAGGCCAGCAGCGGACUCCGACGCCGGCUUCAGGGGACGGGGAGGAAGCCUCGCGGACAAUCCGAUCCCUAGUUCGUGUUGUGUCCGAGGGGAGCCGCCUCGGAGCGCGGUGGGAAGGCCUUCGUGCUGCGGGAGGGGCGGCCCGCCUGGGAGGGAAGGGGUCCUGCGGGUCUUUCUAAUUUAUUUCGUCUAGCUCUCCAGACGUGGCCUUGGCCUUCAGAACAAUUAGACUCGCAUAGGAAAGGGUCCAGGACUUCUGCAGCCACGUGCAAUUGGGGGCCCGGGAGGGCUCUGUCCCCGGCCCCUCCGUCCCUCCAGCCAGCGGUCCCUGGCUGCCACCUGUCUCGGCCCAGCCCCCGGGACCCCAGAAGCGCCCGGCGGUGACGCGCUGGCCCGGUUCCCUCGGCGUCCUGGCGGGGAGCGGCUCUUGAGUGGGGCCAGGGCGGGGGCGGGGGCAGGGGCAGGGGCAGGGGCAGGCGGGGGCCGGAGGCUGAGAACGAGGUUGCGAUCUGUUGCUGUGUAAUACGCUAUCACGUGCAUUUGGGGUUUUUUCAUCUUAGUGACAAGAAAGCCCCUCCCUCCCGCCCUCUUUUCCCUUUGGGGCACCUCAACGGUGUCCCCAGGUAGCACUCUUCUGUCGAGAAGCUUCACUGUCCCGCCACGCGCCCCACGCCCUCUGGAGGGGCCUUCAGCGCGCCCUCUGUGCCUCCGGGCCGGACUCCGUGCUGCAUGGGGGCGCUUUUUACAUUCAACUUUACUAUUUUUACUAUUAUGAGACUUUCCCUCCAAAUUCUUCAAUAAACACUGCUUUUCAA